AAGAGAUAGAGGCGCAAUAGAGGCGCGGAACUUACCUCACCCCGAACCUGGAAAUGCCAAAAGGCCUAGAGUCACAGAUAAACGUGAAUUCGACACGUAUUCAGCAAUGUGGCUUUGCAUUACUUUCGAAUUCACAACGGCGCUCUGCUGAUGCUAAGAUACUCAAUACUAAUCUCGGUAGUAUAUGCGAUCAUGGAUUCGUGAUGCCACUCCUGUCCGUACCGAAUGUAUCACUUACAUGUACCGACCCGAACAUGAUGUAUCAGCAGACUCGGGCCCAGAUGCAAGUGAGUGGGUCAGCGAGUUCGAUGAGCGGCAUACUGCGCGGUUGUGUGCGGCAGCGUCCGCGCCACAGGACUAGCGACAGCGCCCUAGCGUCGUACCCAGCUCAGCCUCCUCCUGACCUGAACAUAUGCAACAUCAAAUAUCAGUAUCUCAAACAGGAAUUGACAAAGAAUCAAAGUCCACAACAAAAUCAC